GCAAACAAAUCAAACGUAUCAAAAUGGCAGCUAAGUUCGUAGUGCUCGCUAUGCUAGUGGCUGCCGCUUCGGCCAGCGGCAACAGCUACACGUACUCGUACGGCGUGGCGGACCCGCACACCGGCGACGUGAAGGGCCAGCACGAGACCCGUGUCGGCGACAGCGUCGUGGGCCAAUACUCGCUGCUCGACUCCGACGGCACAAAGCGCACCGUUGACUACGCCGCUGGACCCCACACCGGCUUUAACGCUGUCGUUCGCAAGGACCCCGCCUUAGUUGCCGCUCCAGUCGUCGCACACGCUGCUCCUUUGGCCGUCGCCCAUGCCGCUCCACUGGCCCAUGCCGCCUACGCUGCUCCCCUGGCCCAUGCCGCCUACGCCGCUCCUCUGGUUCAUACCGCAUACGCCACUCCUCUGGCCCAUACCGCCUAUGCCGCUCCUCUGGCUCAUGGUGCUGUUGCCUAUGGCGCUCGAGGACUCGGCUAUAGCGCCCAUGGUCUGGGCUACGCAGGCCAUGGCCUUGGUCUCGGCUAUGGCGCUCACGGUCUCGGUUAUGCGGCUGCUUGGUGAAAAACGUGUUAAAACAAUUUAGAAAUAAAAAUCGAACUGUGAUUCAAAUAUAUGGAAUAAAAAUAUUUUAUAA